AUGCCCGCGGACAGAGCAGCAACUAUGGCUGUUCCGCCGACAACGAACAACAUCCGCACCGAAUUUCGAGCGCUUCUUCGCAGUCCCCAAGUAUGCCGAUCGAACUUCGAGCAAAAGAAGUUUUACCACGCCGCCAAUAUCGAGAGCUGGCUGUCGCGCAAGGAAAACGACGUGCGAAAUGUCACGACACUCGCCAACCAGAUCUACGAGGGCCACCAUAGCUUUCCCCCGACUUCGAAUAGAAUUCUCGAAAACCCAAUACUUUUCUCCAUUUUGGUUGAAAUGGAAUGCGGCCACAUGUUUGACGAAUUCUCGCGGUCGAUAGCCUCGAGCGAAACGCUCUCGAAUCCUAUUCUGUCCAGUCACUACGAGUCGAUCGUUGCGUAUCUACACACCGAAUCUGUCAGACUACCGAAAAAAUACAAGGCUGGUGGGUAUGAGGAAGUGAUCCGCGAAUUCGAGCAGAACCGCUGGGCCUAUGUGUCUCUGCCGCUGCGUUACCAGGGACAGGCUACUUCUUACCCUCGGACAAUCCUCCCCUUUUUCUACAUGAAAGAGAUUAAUAGUGGAGGUACGGCCUUGGUUUAUCAUUGCAAGAUAGAAGUGGACCUUUACGUGGAAUUUGCGGUCAAGUCAUACUUCAAGGGGCACGAAUAUGUCUACAGGGAGGAAAGUAACGCCUUCAAAGGAUUUAUGGGACAAAGCGACCUCACCGUGGUUCGGUAUUUGGGCGAGUAUCACACUACCAGUGGAGACCAUCUUCAUCACAUUCUUCUUGAGCUGGGAGAGAAAGACUUGGAGGAGUACAUGAUGGAGAAGUUGCCUCCUGUCUUAUAUCAAGAGACAUACACCUUCUGGGCCAAUCUAUUCAAAGUUGGCUUUACGCUUGACGGGAUCCAUCAACUCAAGCGUAGAGAUGAGGGUGGUAAUAGACAGGUGUUCAAAGGUUGGCAUGGGGAUAUUAAACCCGACAAUAUCCUCUCAGUUCGUGGCCAGUUCAAACUAGCCGAUUUUGGGUUUGCGAGAUUUGAACAACAUGAUGAUAAAACACAACUCAUGGGUGGGACGAGAACAUUCGGUGCUCCUGAACGUGACGGUAACAAUGCCGACCCUGGCAUCACGCACUCCCAAAGCAUCGAUACCUGGUCUCUCGGCUGCGUUUUCUCAGUCGUCGCAACAUGGGUGAUACUAGGCCCGACAUUCUAUCAGGCAUAUGGAUUCAUUCGCCAGGAUGCGAUCAAGACUCUGCGUGAAAGUGGCGCAGGGUUGCCACAUACACCAGGUCCCUACUGCGACGAUGCGUUUCACGAUGGGUCGAACGUCCUCAGUGCUGUUACAGACUGGCACACCCACCUGCGAAACUCAGUCAGAGCCUCUGACACGAUAUCUCGUCAAGUCCUAGAUCUGGUUGAUAACGAAAUGCUUCUCAGUAACCCAGAGGAUAGACUAUCCGCUGCUGAGUUAAGAACCAAGCUAGAAACCAUUCUGGCUAACGCAGAAUCUGAUUAUCACCAACUAGUGAAGGGCAGACAUCUGACAAAAGAGUCCAAGGGAAUACGGAAAGCCCUGCUUAAAUUUGACGAAGCAGCGCCUCAGUUUGCGCAAUCGCUCUCUCAGGCACAGGCGGAAGACCUAUUCACGCAUCCAUCAGCGGCUGGCUACCAAAGUCGGGGCCUACUUGCAAUGCACGCCUCAAGAACGAAUCGAGUCCAGAAAUCCGAAGCCUUGAAUAGGAUUGUAUAUGGGAAAACUACCAAUCGGGAAGAGGUUCUAAGUGGCAACAGACUGAAGAUUCCUACGACGCCUUCAUCCCAUGCAGGGAAUGGCGUGUCAGACAAGUCGUACUAUUCCGACGAGAAAGGGAAGGAGGUUGACUGGAGCCCAAGCAAUAUCCGUCAGUCAUUCUUAUCUCAAGGGCCGCAACAUAGCUCUCCGAGUCAAAUGUCAAUCAGCUCGCGGAAGAGUACACAGACCAUGAGAACUACCGUCGACGAAGAAUACGACAAGCUUAGUGAACAAUGGAAACCAAACCGUUGGACUGCGUUUCUAAACAAGAUUCCCAGAGACGACUUUCUCCAAAACUUUAUAGUGAAUCGGGAUAUUAUUUUCGUAGUCGACAAUGACCCAACCAUGGCCCAUCACUGGCCAGAUGUUAAGCGAACGUUGUUGACACUAGCGAUGAAAAUUGGUCCACUUGAUAAAGACGGGCUAGACCUUCGUUACUCCUGUGGGAAUCAUGGGUUUCUGAGUAACAUCAAAGGAUACGAUAUCAAGUCGAAAUUCAGUACAUCUAUGGACGAAGUCCAGCAACGAAUCCACGACAAUAUUCGCACUGAUAUGUGUGCGGCACUCUCCAAAAUUUUCGAUGAGUACCUCGAAGGAGAUGGCAAGAAGAGGCAGACUCUCAUCAUAUUGACGAAUGGAAAGUGGGAAGGAUCAGGCAAGAAACGAGAUGUAGAAGAUCUUAUAAUCAGAUUCAUCAAUCGCCUCGAACAAAAUGCAGAUCGGAUGGAGGAUCGUUGGUUCAGCAUUCAGUUCGUCUCUUUUGGAGAUGAUGAGAAUGCACUGGGACGGUUAACAUUUCUCGACGACAAGCUUGAAGCCCGCAAAGAUAUCGUUGACGCUAAGCCAUGGAACUGCCAAGAUGUCAACGAGCUCAUUCUUGGAAGCAUAACACAGAAUGGAGACGACAAGACGCCGGUCACUUCUCCUUUGUCCACAUCCGUUUCUCCAGACGUUUUUACGACCCCUACACGAGUGAAUCGAUUUACGAAAUUUAAAAACAGUUUAAAGCGCUGA